CAGGUCCAGAGUGAAACAGUCCAACCUUCAUCCAGCUUCCAGCCUUCACUGAUGCUGAAGCUGUUUCUGCUGGAGAUCCACAUGAAGAGUGACUCGGCUUCACAUGUUGUCAUCCUGGAUUUACACUCACAUCUCCAUCUGUCUCACUCCAGAUGUUUCUCUGUUCCAGCUGCUGGAGGACAACAUGGUGGCUUUCAUGAAGGAGGAGCUGAAGAAGAUGAAGAAGCUCCUGAGUCCAGAUUACCCAGCAUGCUUUGGGAGUGAGAGAGAGGAUGAGGAUGAAGAGCAGAGGAGCAGCAGAGAGUCAUUAGUGAGGAUGACUCUGGACUUCCUGAGGAGGAUGAAGCAGGAGGAGCUGGCUGAGCGUCUGAGGAGCAGAACUUCUGCUCCAAUCUGCCAACAGAAGCUGAAAUGUGGGCUGAAGAAGAGGUUCCAGUGUGUGUUUGAAGGAGUCUCUAAAGCAGGAGAGUCCACCUUCCUGAACCAGAUCUACACAGAGCUCCACAUCACAGAGGGAGGGGCUGCAGAGGUCAAUGAGGAACAUGAGGUCAGACAGAUUGAAGCAGCAUCCAGGACAGCAGACAGAGCAGAAACAAGCAUCAGACCAGGAGACAUCUUUAAAGCCUCACCUGGAAGAUCUCAACCAAUCAGAGCAGUGCUGACAAACGGAGUGGCUGGCAUUGGGAAAACAGUCCUGACUCAGAAGUUCACUCUGGACUGGGCUGAAGACAAAGACAACCAGGACGUCCACUUCACAUUUCCAUUCUCCUUCAGAGAGCUGAAUGUGCUGAAGGAGAAGAAGUUCAGCUUGGUGGGACUUGUUCAUCACUUCUUCACUGAGACCAAAGAAGCAGGAAUCUGCAGCUUUGAAGACUUCCAGGUGGUCUUCAUCUUGGACGGUCUGGAUGAGUGUCGACUCCCUCUGGACUUCCAGCACACUGAGUUCCUGACUGAAGUUACAGAGUCCACCUCAGUGGAUGUUCUGCUGACAAACCUCAUCAGGGGGAAACUGCUUCCCUCUGCUCGCCUCUGGAUCACCACACGACCUGCAGCAGCCAAUCAGAUCCCUGCUGACUGUGUGGACAGGGUGACAGAGGUCCGAGGGUUCACCGACCCCCAGAAGGAGGAGUACUUCAGGAGGAGGUUCAGAGAGGAGGAGCAGGCCAGCAGGAUCAUCUCCCACAUCAAGACCUCCCGAAGCCUCCACAUCAUGUGCCACAUCCCGGUCUUCUGCUGGAUCACUGCUACAGUUCUGGAGAAGGUGUUGAAGAGCAGAGAGGGAGGAGAGCUGCCCAAGACCCUGACCCAGAUGUACAUCCACCACCUGGUGGUCCAGGCCAAAGUCAAGACGGUCAAGUAUGAUGGAGGAGCUGCCACAGAUCCACACUGGAGUCCAGAGAGCAGGGAGAUGAUGGAGUCUCUGGGAAAACUGGCUUUUGAGGAGCUGCAGAAAGGAAACCUGAUCUUCUAUGAACCCGACCUGACAGAGUGUGGCAUCGAUCUCAGAGCAGCCUCAGUGUACUCAGGAAUGUUGACCCAGAUCUUCAGAGAGGAGAGCGGCCUGUACCAGGACAAGGUGUUCUGCUUCAUCCAUCUGAGCCUUCAGGAGUUUCUGGCUGCUCUUCAUGUCCAUCAGACCUUCAUCAAGUCUGGAAUCAACCUGCUGGAAGAACAACAGCAACCCUCCUGGUGGUUGAAUAUUUGGAGGGACAAACCUACUCUCCACCUUCUCCAUCAGAGAGCAGUGGAUGAGGCCUUGAAGAGUCCAAAUGGACACCUGGACUUGUUCCUCCGCUUCUUCCUGGGUCUUUCACUGCCGGCCAAUCAGAGUCUCCUUCGAGGUCUGCUGACACAGACAGGAAGUAGCUCACAGACCAAUCAGGAAACAGUGCAGUACAUAAAGAAGAAGCUGAGUGAGAGUCUGUCUGCAGAGAGAAGCAUCAAUCUGUUCCACUGUCUGAAUGAACUGAAUGAUGGUUCUCUGGUGGAGGAGAUCCAACAGUCCCUGAGAUCAGGACGUCUGUCCACAGAGGAACUGUCUCCUGCUCAGUGGUCAGCUCUGGUCUUCAUCUUACUGUCAUCAGAAGAAGAUCUGAAGGAGUUUGACCUGAAGAAAUACUCUGCUUCAGAGGAGGCUCUUCUGAAGCUGCUGCCAGUGGUCAAAGCCUCCAACAAAGCUCUGUUGAGCAGCUGUGGUCUGUCAGAGAGAAGCUGUGGAGCUCUGUCCUCAGUUCUCAGCUCUCAGUCCUCCAGUCUGACACAUCUGGACCUGAGUAACAACGACCUGCAGGACUCAGGAGUGAAGCUACUGUCUUCUGGACUGGAGAGUCCUCACUGUAAACUGGAAGCUCUCAGGUUGAGCAGCUGUGGUCUGUCAGAGAGAAGCUGUGGAGCUCUGUCCUCAGUUCUCAGCUCUCAGUCCUCCAGUCUGACACAUCUGGACCUGAGUAACAACGACCUGCAGGAUUCAGGAGUGAAGCUACUGUCUUCUGGACUGGAGAGUCCUCACUGUAAACUGGAAGCUCUCAGUCUGUCAGGGUGUCUGGUCUCAGAGGAAGGCUGUGCUUCUCUGGUCUCAGCUGUGAGCUCCAAGUCCUCCCAUCUGAGAGAGCUGGACCUGAGCUACAACCAUCCAGGAGCCUCAGGAGUGGAGAAGCUGUUUGCUGCAGUGGAGGAUCUACAGUGCAGUCUGGACACUCUCAGGGUGGACCAUGGUGGAGAGCAGGAACUGGACACAAACUCAAUGAGCAGAAACCUGAAACUGUCCAACAACAACAGGAAGGUGACACGUGUGAAGGAAGAGCAGCCGUAUCCUGAUCAUCCAGACAGAUUUGAAGACUAUGAACAGCUGCUGUGUAGAAAUGAUCUGAGUGGUCGAUGUUACUGGGAGGUUGAGUGGAGCGGAGAGGUUUCUAUAUCAGUGAGUUACAGAGGAAUCAGGAGGAGAGGAGGCAGUAAUGAGUGUGUGUUUGGAUGGAAUGAUCAGUCCUGGAGUCUGAACUGCUCUGAUAAAGGUUACUAUGUCAGGUACAAUGGCAGAAAAACCUCCUCCUCCUCCUCCUCCUCCUCCUCCUCCUCUGGUAGAGUAGCAGUGUAUGUGGACUGUCCUGCUGGCUCUCUGUCCUUCUUCAGAGUCUCCUCUGACUCUCUGAUCCACCUCUACACCUUCAACACCACAUUCUCUCAACCUCUCUAUGCUGGAUUUGGACUCCGGUCCUCUGGUUCUACAGUGAGUCUGUGUCCUCUGUAGGAAGGACGGUCUCUGUCUCUGACAGCAGUCCUGUCAGCACCAAUCAGAGAUCAGAGAACAUCAGUGGAGUUCAGCAGGGUUCACAGACGGAGCCUCCAACAC